AUGGGCCUCUCAAUAUCGUCUCUUUUCAAUUCUCUCUCGUCCCUCGUACGCUGGAGCAAAGACCAGGAUGUCCGGAUACUCAUGCUAGGCUUGGACUCUGCUGGCAAGACUACAAUACUUUAUCGUCUGCAGGUCAUUUUAUCCCUUCAAUUCAUGGCCGCAGUCCAUUCAUGUUGCUCCACAGAUUGGCGAAGUCGUUUCAACGAUACCAAUCGAAAUGAAGCAAUCGGCUUCAAUGUCGAGACCGUGCAGUAUAAAAACAUCAAAUUCCAGGUGUGGGACUUAGGGGGACAAUCAAGUAUACGGCCAUAUUGGCGCUGCUACUUCCCUAAUACCUCGGCAAUAAUAUAUGUCAUUGACUCCGCCGACCAUUCGCGCUUGACAACAUCACGGACGGAGCUGUUGACUAUGCUGUCGGAGGAGGAACUGAAGGGUGUUCCUCUCCUGGUUUUCUGCAACAAGCAGGAUGUUGAAGGUGCCCUGAAGCCUGAGGAUAUAAGCGAGCAGCUAGGCCUGGCUGGAGGAGAAAAGUCACGACCGUGGAGUGUGCGAGGAAGCUGUGCAACAAAGGGGGAGGGUCUGGAGGAUGGCUUGGACUGGCUGGUUAAUGUCAUUCAAAAGAAGUGA